AUGUUAUUUUACUCGUAUGAAGAAGUCAAGCGGGAAGCCGCAUUGAUGUCUCUAAAAGACGACGUCCUCCUGUGGUAUGAAUGGGAGCAUCGAAGGCGACCCAUACGUGAUUGGGAGGAUCUAAAAGGGUUGAUUCAUUGUCAAUAUAAAUGCUCAAUGGUCGAAACACAUCAAUGGAACCUCAUAGAGGCAGUGGCUGUAACAAACGAUAGAUCAAGAGAGAAGUGUUGUUCCACUAUAUCGGAAGAAUUCAGCCAAAUUCAUACCGGCAGACCACCCCCCGUCAUCAUCAUCACCACCAUCAGAAUCUAA